AUGUAUAAUCGUGCCGUUUUCGUAGCCCUUAAAUUAUUCAGUUUGCACCUUUUGCAUAAGGUUUGCACGGGAAUCACACAAAAUAACAUCAUCCCGUUAGUAAUUUAUGGCCUGUUUCUCUUAGCAGUAACACUUAGUUUACCCUGCGAAGCAAAAAAAUUGACCAGUUUGGAUGUUUCUGGGUCAAGCAAUGAACCCGGCGGUCUUGUGGAUGGAACAAGGAAUAAAAAAAAUCUAAAACCAACGAAAACAAAGAAAACGAAAAAGAAUUUGUCAGAUAAACCUAAAAAGCCAAAAAAGAAAGGACUAGCCACCAUAAAAUCCAAAGUAAAGAAAGUUAAAAAGCGCCUUUCUAAACCUAAGAUUAAUCUUGGUGUGUUUAAAGAUUUAUUGUUUAAUGGCGGUUCGAAAAAAAAGAAGAAGUUGUCUAAGAAGGCUGGAAAAAAGAAGUCUACCAAAAAUGAGACCACUGAAAACAAGGAGUUGAGUGGAACAUCAGAUUUGUCUGGAGGUUUAAAUGAUUUGGUAAACGGAGAAGAGCCAUCUCUAGGGGAGCCACAAUCUCCCGCCGAGCAGCCAACACCUCUUGAACCGUCAGUGCCUGCUCCUGUCAAUGAGGAAAAUGAAUUAAAUGACCAGUCGACUACGGACAGCUCUUCAGACGACUGGGCAAUAGAUGGUUUGAACGAUUUGUUGAAUGAUAACAGUGACGUCGUUGGAAGAAAACCUAGCCGUGGUGGCUCCAAUUCGCUAUACCAGGUCACAGAUAAAGGGGAAAUGGGCUACAACGAUGCCAAAACAAAGUCAAGAAACUCUUCCUUUCUCACAAUUCAAGAGUAUGACAAAACAACUGAUGACACAUUUAAUUUAGAAGAUGCUCUCGACCCACCAGAAACCACAACUAAGGGCCCGAAAGGUAACGUGAAUGUAACAAUAAUAAAAAUGCAAGAAACCAGGCUCGGACCUCAUGGACCUCAUAUUAACAACGCCGAGGAAGAAGCCGAAGUCACUCGUCAGAAACAAGAAUACACUAAAAGGUACUUUGUUGGCUUAAAAAACAGUUUAGGUCCAACAAACGAGACUGAAGAAGAUGACUUGUUAAAGGACGACACUGAUCUUUUUAAAGAUGACGAAGAUUUGAACCCGAAACCAAAGAAAACGUCAGAAAGAACAGAUGAGGCAAAUGCACUUUUUAACCCAGGACCCUUAGAUGAGCUAAAGGAUAACUUGAAGACAGCAACGGAUGGAAUAACGGGCGUAUUGGAUAGAACCGGAGCAAAGGAUAAGCUGAAGGACUUGUUUGGGUUGGGAGGAAAUGAAGAGAAAACUAAGGAUGAGAAGAAAGAUGAUGUUAAAAAGGGGUCUGAAGCAGAUGCAAGUAGUGAUAAGGAAGGAAAACCAAUAAAAAGUAAGAGUAAAAUCGAGGACAUAAGCCCAGCACAUAAGACAGAGUACAAAGAAAAGUUAGUGGACAGCACAUUCGAUAAGGACUUUAAGCACUAUAUGGGAGACUCAGAGUUCGGCACAGCAAUAAACUACUACAAGGGACACGAAGUUAGCGGAGACUCAACGAAGGGAACAAGUAACGUAGUGUUUUAUAACCCGCGAGACCCAGCAGAGGAUUGGAACAACGCAGGUUUGGCAGCCUCGCUGAGGUACCUGGGCUCAGGAUACGACAUCAUCUUCGGAAAUCCACUCGGAGACCCCGUAGUGAUGAUGGACCAGGGGUACAGGAACCCGGUGAUAAAGCUGGACUGGAAUGUCGAGUACCUGAAUAGCGAUGGGGCAAACCUGAAGGAACCGCACGGAAGCUGGGUGAGGCCAGAGUUCUCGUGCAGGCAAUCAGAAACGAUUGAUCACAUAAACACGGUCGAGGACUUCAAAAAGGAACUGUCAAUAGACGCACAGGCGUCAUACGGCAUACCGUACUUUUUCAGCUUCUCAGGGUCGACGGGCUACAAGAACUUCGUGAAGUCGACGGCGACGAACAAGGUGAGGACGUACAUAACGAAGACGUACUGCCUGCGCUACGUGGCAGGAAUAGUCAACUUUAACUCUCUGGACACGACGGAGGAGUUCAGAAAGGCAGUCUCUGACCUGCCGAACUACUUCGACUCGCAAGCGUGCACUCUGGAGCUGUUCAAAAAUAACGAGGACGACCCAUUGUGCGUUAACUCAGUGAAGCCGUGGGUGAAGUUCAUUAAGAUGUUCGGAACUCAUUUUACAACAAUCGUGCACCUGGGAGGAAAGAUAACGCACCAAGUGCAAAUAAACAAGUCGGAUGUGCUGGAUAUGCAACAGCACGGAGUGAACAUAGAUGUCGCAGUGAAGGCGGCAAUAUCGCCGUCGCUGCUGGACAACCUGAGCGUGGGAGCAAAAACGGACUCAGAGAGCUCAAGAAGAAGCGAAAGCGAGCACUUUAAGUACGAAAAGCAAGUGCUGGUGAUAGGAGGCGACGGGCUAGUGGACAGCAAGGACCUCAACAGCCUGAACUGCUGGACGAAGGACCUGUACAAGAAGCCAAUGCCAAUCAAGAUUAAGCUGGAGUCGAUAAAGUCGCUGCUGACAAGCGACAAGCAGAGGGAGUCGUUUGAAGAGGCGCUUAAGUUUUACUCGGAGACGUACGGAGUGAGUCCCGACGAAAUAUACAAGAAAUACGGACGCGAGUUUGGAAUAGCAUCACUGGUGCAAAAGGGGUAUCAGGUGGUAUACAGUGGCAACAAGUCAGGAAGUGCAGUGUGUCCGCCCAAAACAGUUAUCAUAAUGGGAUUUACAAUGACCAUAAUGAAGAAGAAGAACUUCAUUGGGAAAAAUGAGUUCGUUAUCAACAUCACCCACUGCCCAGUGGGAGAAGAAAAGUGUCUAGUCUCAAACGACAAUCAAAUGUCAGAGUCGAGAAUAUGGGCAGUGUGCGGAGAGGACACAAUACCACUGCUAAACCAACAAACUUCAGUAAAGCUUGAUGAACCGGCCACUGCAACCUGCCCAUCAGGCUAUUCUAUCGCAUACGGAUUCGCAUUUUCAAUCCCCAAGGGAAACAAAGCAUCGUCUACCGACUCGUACCCUUGUAGACCAGGAACGCUAUCCUGUACUCACGAAUCGACAGAUAAGUCAGCGACAAACGCGAUCUGGAUAGCAUGUGUGGAGAACGGAGCACCGCAAUUAACAGAUAUAUCAAACCAUAUGGUGAGUACAAGCAGUCGCCACUGCUCAUCUAAAGCAAAAGACAAUGAAUACAGCGACAACGUGUGUCCGACAAACUCUAAGCUCAUAGCAGGUUGGUCCAUGGACUUCAGCGAGUCAGACAGUCAGGGGUUUAACCAGAUACAAAAGUGCUCAAAAAAUACACCAGGAUGUAAAGUAGAUACGAAAAUGGCAACGGAAGCGCACUGUAGAUCACACUAUUCAUGGGUUUCGUGCCUACAUGAAGCAGUAAAAGCGCAAUGA